AUGGCUACCGAAGAGCGAGUUCAGGAACCUGCCACCUUUGAAGAGGUAUCAGUGAAUGUCAUUGAAGAAAAGGAGUUCCCUCUGGAUCCUUAUCUGCUUGCUCUCUCUGGAAACAAUAUACAGCAGUAUUGCACCAUGCUGUCCUUGUUGGAAUUUCAGAAUUUCAAGCCUGAAAUGUGUUUGCAAACAGAGCAAGGUGACAUACCGCUCUCACUGGUCACGGUUGUAGAAGAAUUUGAGGUUGCAUCAUGGUUGUAUGAAGGCAAUGAGUCAGUGCCAUUUGAGCCUCUGCCGCAAGGAAGCUCUGGGCCACAGGUGCGAAUCCAUUAUGAUUUUGUGCUCAACUCGGAAGGAGACAUUCUCCAGGGAAGCCCCUCCAGCUGUUUGACCGUUUCCAAGCCUGAACAGGGAACUGAUUUGCAGACAAGUGAGAAUGAGCCUGUUGCCUCUGGGGAGCAUCUCAGUAUGUCCUCUAGGAUACAGAAUGUUCAUCCUGUGGAGCAAGGGCUGAUGGGAUAUUCAAAUGCAGCUUUCCUGCAGAAGGAAGGCUUUGGGCUGCCAAAUGAGGUGGAUUGUACUGCAGGACAAGAAAACAUAGGGAGAGCUUCUGAGCAGAAUAAUGCUCAGAAGACGAGUGGAUUAGAUCUGCUUCUAGAAAAUGGUUUGAGAACUACAGGAUGUUGCCGUGAUUCUAGUGCUGGGGAAGUCUCCAUCAGCUGCAUAACCCACCAAGGGGAGAGAAAUCAUUCCUGCAACAGCAGUGGGGAAUGUUUAAAUGAGCGACUGUCUUCUGUGGUCCAUGAGAGAUCUUGCGUUGGAGAGGCACUAUGUUCAUGCCCCAGCUGUGGAAGCCCCGUUACCCACCAGCCAUCCCAUACUAGAGAGAAGUUGUCCAAAUGCCCCAGCUGUGGACACCUGUUUAGCUGCAACACAAUGAGCACUGCUGAACACCACCAGGAGACUCCUACUGAUGACUGGGAGAGACUCUUCCACCAGCUGGACCUGAACUGCCAUCCCAGUAACAAGGAGAAACGCUUUCACUGCCCCGAUUGUGGGAGAGGCUUUGUUCACAAAUCAAGUAUCCCCAGGCACCAGAAGAUUCACCGGAAAGAAAACCUGUCCCAAAACACAGAGCAAGACAAACGCUGCAGUCCAGAGGCGCAGUCUGGGAAGAAACCCCUUUCCUGUCCCAAGGAUGGGUCGAGCUCGACUGCCAGAAACCAGGAGAAGCAUGCCGCCCUGUGCGACGUGUGCGGGCAAAGCUUCUCUGUGGCCUGGAAGCUGGACAAGCAUCUGGCCACUCACUCUAGAGAGAGGCCCUUCUGCUGCUCCCAUUGUGGGAAAGGGUUUGUAGGCAAGUCAGUGUUGAUUAGGCACCUGCUGCUGCACCAGCCACAGAAGCCCUUCCAAUGCCUUUACUGUGACAAGGGCUAUAUUCAGAAGAGCCACCUGAACAGACAUCACCAGAUUCAUCACAGAAUGUAUGGACAAAGCAACGAAAGAUGUGUUGUUAGCGUCAGCCUACCUCAGGCAGAUGUUGUCUCCACUGUUUAA